UAUUUAAUAUCAACAAGUUUUAGUUUCUUGCCGUUACAGUAUUUGAGCGCGCCGCGCCAGCACACGAGCGCUCUCACGUCCAAUGUCGAAGCGGAGCAAAGAGAUAGAGUUGCUGAAAGCAGCACGAGACGGCGACGUAGAGAAACUCGAGAGAAUAUUCGCACCUCAACAGAAAAAGAAAGGCUCAGCAGCCGACCCAACGACAUACGACCUCCCAACGCUUCAGAACAUGAAGAUGAAAGUGCGCGUCAAUCAUAUUGACGUUGAAUGCACCGACCGAAACGGCUCGACGCCGCUAAUUACGGCAGCUCUGAACGGCCACAAAGAGGCGGUUGUUUUGCUGUUGAUUUAUUCUGCUGAUAUUGCGGCGAGAGAUUAUCAGAAUAAUUCGGCUUUGCAUAUGGCAGCUUGGCAGAAUAAGAGCGACGUUGUAGAGAUUUUGUUGAAGAAUGGAGCACAGGCAAACGAGAUGAACAGUUCUGGGAAUACACCACUGCAUUUUGCAGCACAAUUUUAUCAGGAGGGCAAGAUCUUUACUGCUCAUAAGCUACUGCAGGCUGGAGCUAAAGUGAUGGUAGUGAACAAAGAUGGUGACACUCCUCUUGAUCUUGCUGCACGAUUUGACAAGAAAGAGUGUGUGUCUCUUUUUGUUGACUCGGAUCCAGCUGCCAUUCAAUCUACAAAAUCAAUUGUUGAAGCGUCAAAGAACGGUCGACUUGACAUUGUUCAGCUGUUGAUUGACUGCGAAAUUGCAGUGAAUGGAGAGUCAACAGGAACUCAGGCACUGCAUGAAGCUUGUCGUUUCUUUCGGCGAGAUGUUGCAGAACUUCUGCUCUCAUACGGCGCUAACCCGAACUUAGAGAAUGGCACGAAAGAGACAGCUCGAACAAUCAUUGAAGACUACAUGAAAACGAAAGGAAUGGAAGACAAAGCUGGGCCGUUUUUGGAUUUGUUUGAUGAAUACAAAGACAAAGAACCUCUUGUUCCACGGAAAGAGCAAGAACGACGAAGAGAACAAGCACUCAAGACGCCACGUGAACAGCCUGUUGCGAUGAAGGAGUAUCCGUUGUUGAAGAACAGGAAGAGAUGGACGCAGGACCAUCCUGAUUAUAGGAGCGACUGUACUGGUGGACGACCUAACACGUGUCUUUUGGAUGAUGAUCCUACGGAGUUUUGGAUUGUGCCGUCAAAUGCUUACUGUUGGGUCGCGUUUGACUUUGGCACGAAGUUUACUUUGACUGGAUUGCAGCUUAUUGGAUGGGCCAGUGACCAGAUGGUGAAACAUUUCCAAAUCGAGACUGGCAUAACACUAACAGGACCGUGGACUAUGAUUCAGUCUUAUCAAGCCAAUAGGAUUGGCUCUGAGGAUCCAAUGGAACCGGGAGUUCCACAGGACUUCAAAGAUUUCUAUGCCACAUCACAGUACUGGCGGAUCCUUAUCCAGGACAACUACGGUGGGUCAUGGACAUGUUUAAAGGGCGUGCGUUUUUACGGACUCGAUACUGGUGUUUUGAGAUGGUUUCAAGAGCUUGGUCUUAUUCAGUAUUACGAGGACUUUGUGAUGCGAGGAUAUAAUCAAGUCAGUGAGCUAGUGAGAGUUACGUCGAAAGACCUCGAGGAAAUUGCCAGUUUACCAGGACACAGGAAGAAGAUAGCACUAGCAGUAAAGAAGAUGAGAGAACAUGUUUAUCCAUUACGGGAACUUAAAUGGUUACAACCACCAAUACACAGUUGUCUAGAACACGAGGAGAUCCCACCGUUUAGUGUUCAAAGUGAUCCCAUGACAAGCGAAGAUCUCAAACUUGUUAUCCAUGGAGGAGCUGAAAUGAGUGGACAGUUUAGCACAUCUUUAGAGCCAGAUGGUGACAAUCCGUCAACAGCAACCUUUAAAGGAGUAAAGAUCUGGCCAGCCGGAAGAUACUUGAUAGAAGUUCAGUGUGUUCAACAUCCAGACAAGUUUAUUAGAGCUGCAGAGCCUAUAGUUGUCGCGUUUCCAACUAAGUCCAAUAUGGAGCUGGAUGACAUGUUUAGUGAGAUGGAUGACAUGCUCAAGUUUUAAGUUGCCAAGAACGUACUUAAACUGAGUGAUUCGAUGUACUGAUGGACUCAUUCAUAGUUCAAAUUUGCAUUCCAGUAAUUGAUGAUUCUUGUGCAUGUGCAUGCAUAUUUUACAAAAGUGUAUCAAUAUGGCAAGUCAUUCU